AGCCUGGAAAUAAAAGCGCAUUUAUGUUAAAGUAGUUUUGUGUCAACAUUCAUUCAAAUCUUUCCAGCAUCCAAUUGGUAGAACGCGAUCGCAGAUCCAUUUUUCCAAUCCAAUCAAAGUCGUAAGAUCCACGUAUGACGAUUUAAUAAAUGCAGGCAUUCAUGAGCAGUAAGCUAGGGAUCAUAUUUUUUUUAACAAUUCCUCCAUUCUUUUAAAAGUUUGUAAAGAUAAAAAAUUAUGACAACUCUAAAUAAUAAUUCAAGUUCAUCUAAAAGUAAGUCUUCACAAAUUGAACCAGUUGCAGUACAAGCGACAUUAGAAGAUGUAGCAGCUGGUAUAAACAGGGUAGAAAAUGUUUUAUUAGAUCUUACAAAACAAAUAAUCAUACUAAAUGAAAAUAUAUCGACAUUUUUAAACCAACAAUUGCCACAAUCUUCAAACGGUCAUAAAACAAAGAAUUUGGUUCAUCAAUUGGAUGUACAACAAACUGAAAUAAAACGAAGUACCAGUAUAAGAACGUACCAUAAAGAUACAUCUGAUUCAAUUGGAAACUUGACUUUACAAGUUGCUACUCUAUCUACUAGUGUAGCUCAAUUGGUUUCCCAACAGCAACAACAACAAUUAAAUAACGUUAUCGCUUUACCCCGUCCUCCUCCAAGAAUUCCAAGAUGGGAUCAUGAUCCUUAUCGAAAUCUAAAUCAUCGACCACCACCACGAAUUAUUUCACCCAGACGAGAUAGUAAUAACGUAUGUUAUUAUGUUUAUUGACUUUUAUCAAAAUUUCUCUUUAUUUAUUUUAAACCGCAUUUUUUAUUUUUAUCUUUUUAUAGUCAGUUGAUAAAGGAAUUGAUGAUGUAAUUGAAAAAUUUGAGAAUAUGCGUCUAAGACCAGAAUUACUUCGUGGGAUUUUGAAUUAUGGGUAGGAUUUCAA